AUAAUGUGUCCUUGGAUAGCCUUUGAAGUGUAGUUUCAUAAUUGAGUGGCCUUUGUUCGAGUAGAGAGAGCAAUCAUCCAAAAAUCGAUCUGGAACGAGCAGUGGUCUGUGAACUCGAGCUGUGGGAGUGCUGAGACUGUUUGGUCGAUAUCUCGAGUUUUACAAAUCCAAUUAAGGCGUGUGAGAUACCCACAGAAAGCUCUCAAGACGAGGAAUCCGUGAAGGUCUGGUUUGCAGGAAUCGGAGUUGUGGAAGGCUUCCAAAUCGUCCGAGCAAAACACAACCUCGCAGGAGAGGAUUUAAUCUUCUAAAGAAUCGAGUUAGCCGGAAAACACCCGUUCUAGGGGCUGUUUUCGUAUCAACGAUUAAGGGUUGAACUAGCACUUUGAGGAGGCUGUUUAACACUCAUAUUUGAGCAAGGAAUCAGUUCCAAAUCAACCUUGACCGAAGCUUUGACCAUUGGACCAAGAAGGGAAAGUUUAAAGCUCAAUUGAGGUUGAGGCUAGAGCUUGCAUCCUGUGCUCGUUGAUCGGGUGAUUCCUCAGAGAGAAGACUUGAAAUGGACCGUGGUGGCAAGGUGACUAGGAGAAACCCAUUGGGCCGUGCACCAGAGGAGACUGGGCAAGGCAGUCGUAGGACCUCUAGGGCAUCUAGAGGAGCGGGCCGUGGAGGCCGAUCACAGACCGUGAGUGACGGUCAUGUGAGCACUGAGAGUGACAGUUACUGGUCCUACGAGGACUCAACCUAUCAACCGGAAACUGAGCCGGUUGAGACCCCUUAUGAAGGGGAUGAUGAUGAUGUAAGUGAUGAGGAGGAAAAUGGCUCCUUAGCACGGAUUGAAGCGUUACUCCAACAGUACCACCGUGAGCGUGAGGAAAGGAGGGAACACCGAAGGCGUCGGGCUGGGCAACCUUUGGGCGGGGCUUCAAGAGGGAGAAGCCAUGGCGACUCUAGGGCCCACAUUGAACCACAUGCGGGCAGGGGUGAUGGAGGUCCAAUCAUAAGGAUCUCCAAAUACAUCAAAGAGGCACGAGACUUGGGGUGCAAACCGUUUGAUGGAACGGGUGACAUCUCCAUCUCGGCGCAAUGGAUUAAGAGGCUGAAUGAGGCGGCCCUGGACAUGCAACUCACCCCCGAAUAUAAACUAAGGGUUGCGGUGAGAUUACUUGAGGGUAUGGCAUCCAAAUGGUGGGAUGGGACCAAAAGCAAAUAUGGCGAGACCGUCACUUGGAAGGACUUCCAACAGGAGUUCUUCGCCCAAUACUACUCGGAUUUCGAGGUGAACAAAAAGGUAAGGGAGUACACUCUUCUAACCCAAGGGGGUAACAUGACGGUGAGGGAACUUGAGUACAAGUUCAGGGACCUCGCCGACUACAUACCGGAGUAUGCUUGUGACGAGAACCGAAUGGUAAACCACUUUUGGGAUGCUCUUGACUUGGAGAUACGUGAUAGGGCAACACAAUUGCCUAAUAUGACUUUCGCUCAAGUGGUUGACCAAGGGUUGAAAGGAGAGAAACAAUGGGAAGAAAGGAAGAAGAAAGACGCCGAAGAGGCGAAAAAGAGAAAGUGGGAGGGUCAUGGCUCUCAAGGUUCCAACAAGAAGGGGAAUCAUGGGGGAGGAUCUUUCCGGGCACCACCACCACCAUCUAGGGGGAACCAAGGCCCGAGUGGGCAAGGCUCAAGGUCACAAGCCUCAGUGGUAACUCGUUGCAACAAUUGCAAGAAACACCACUCCGGUAAAUGCCGUGACCCCCCUAGAUGUUUCCAAUGCGGGGAUGCCGGGCAUCUGAAGGCACAUUGUCCACAAUUGGGUGUGGCAAGGGCAUCGGGACCGAGUAGUGGCGCGACAGGCACAUGGAAUCAAACUGGGGCUUCUCAAGCCAGCCGGGGACAUGGCGGAGCGAGCACGAGCAACGCGCCGUCCGUGAACCAAGGAAGGACCCAGGCUAGGGUCUACGCAAUGACGGAGGCGGAUGCUCAGGCUAACCCGGAUUCCGUUGCAGGUUGAGGCUAGAGCUUGCAUCCUGUGCUCGUUGAUCGGGUGAUUCCUCAGAGAGAAGACUUGGUUCGUGCUUCCUCCGUUCUAUUUGAAACAUUAAUAAACUUGCUCAUGGAUAUUUCACUAUAGAGCCUGCGUGCUCAUGAAUAGCCCUGUGUGGCUCUUUUGUUUUAAACAAUAUUUCCGCUGCGUUAUGAAUUACUUAUUAUGUUUGUUUAUGGAUGUUAUGUGUGUGAAUGAUAU